AUGAAUGUUAAUUGUGAUAGCAAUGCAUCGUGCAUUAUUGAUGGUGAUUAUAUUAAGGGAAUUUUUGAAUUUAAUUCAACUUUCAGAAAUAUUGAAAUUACAGGAAAUAUUAAGAAAAUACCCACAUUUUGCUUUUGUGGGUGCUCAGAAUUGGAAUCGGUUUCACUUUGUUCCAAAAUCACCUAUAUUGGAAAUUUUGCAUUCUCUUAUUGUCGAAAACUCAAGAAUAUAACAAUUCCAAAAACUGUCACAUCAAUAGGAAUUCAAUGUUUUUCAUAUUGUUCUUCAUUAGAGAAAGUUGAACUCCCGAACAAAGUAAAUGUUAUCCAAAAUUCUUUAUUUUUCUUUUGUUCUAACCUUAUUUAUAUUAAGCUUCCAAAAUAUCUUGAACAGAUAUCAAAACAUGCAUUUGUACAAACUAGAUGCCAAUUUCCAGAGCAACAAUCUGGUUUCCAAGCAUAUCAAUAUUCCGGACAAAUGAAUAUUGAAGCCACAGCUCCAAAAGAUUCGUCAUUUCUCCCUCCAUUUUGUUUUUUCAACUCCAAACUUACAUCAAUUAAAAUAGAUGGAAGGGUUAAAAUAAUAGGUACGCAUUGUUUUGCAUGUACAGAUAUAGAAGAAGUAAAUUUAUCUAAAGUUGAAAUUUUGGGUGGUAGUGCUUUUGCGCAAUCAUGGCAAUUGAAACGAGUAAUAUUCUCAGAUUCCCUUAAAACUAUUUGUGAAUGCGCAUUCUACAAUUGUUCACAGUUAACUACUCUAGAACUUGGAUCUCAAAAUAAUAUUGGUAUAUGCGAAAGUGCAUUUGAUUCAUGCACUAAAUUAGAUAUUACUUUUAUAUUAUCAAAAAUCAAACAUAUUCCAGCUAACUGCUUCUAUUGUGUCCAGAAAGCUGAAGCAAUUGUGAUUCAUUCCAACAUUGACUAUAUUGAGGAUUAUGCAUUUUUUGGUGCCAGCUGCAUAAAUUCAUUAGAAAUUGAGGAAGGUAUUAAAAGAAUUGGAAGAUUUUCAUUUUCUGGUUUGGAAAUUACAUCACUAAUCCUCCCUGAUAGUUUAAAUUACAUUGGUGAAUAUUGUUUCAGUUCAUGCGAUAAAUUGAUAAAUGUUAAAGUUGGAAAACGUGUAACUUAUAUACCAGAAGGUUUAUUUGAUGAAUGCAUUUCACUUCAAAAUCUUGAAAUUAAUGGAGAAGUUACAUAUUUCGGCGACAAAUCUUUUAAAGGACGUCAAAUUCUAAUUACAAAAAUUGCACCACGUAGUUAUUUUGGUGAAAAAAUUUUAAGUGGAGUAAGAAGUAACGAAUCGGUAGAAUUUGGUAAUGAUUGUUUGGUUUGUGAACAACAUUUAAUGUAUCAUUUCCAGACAAUAAAGUUUGGAGAUGGUACGUGUUUCCUUGAAGAAAUAAAAGCUGAUAAUUAUUAUUACACAGGAUCGGAAAAAGAUGAUCAUAACGUUGAUGGAUCGAUAUACAAAAUGAUCACGAAAUAUGCAGCAUCAGUUUAUGUUCCAAAUUCAUAUAUGGCUACUUCAUUUUGUGGAAAACCAAUUAAUUACUAUUCAACAGCUGGAAAUCAAAAGCAGAAACUCCAUGAAUUAAAGCAAAAAACAAGCAUUGUUGAUCAAUCAAAAAAGCUUAACCCCAAGAGAUUGAAGAAUGCUAAUAUUCAAUACAUUAAAGAAUGUAAUAUUUUCGAUAACAAAACGAUUGGUAUGGAGCGAAUUGAAAGGAUGAAUCUAAUCCCAAUGAAAUGUAUUAUAUCCUUAAUUCCCUCUAUUGUAUAA